AUGGCAUCUGCAAUCUUUCAAACCAAUCGUACGGCUCUAAUCACUGGUGGUGCUUCCGGUGUCGGCUUUGCUUUUGCUCAGCUGUGCCAGAAGUAUGGUAUGAAUGUUGCUCUCGUGGAUAAGUCUACCGAGGCACUUGGAAAGGCCAAGGAGAUCUUGACGGGAACUGCGAGAAAUACGCAAAAGACCGAAGACGUCUCCGAACUCACACAAUGGCGAUCCCUGAAGUCCGAAGUCGAAGCCAAAUUCGGCAACAUCGACCUCCUCCUCCUCAACGCCGGUGCAUCCUUCAAACCCACCCAAGGUUUCGGCUCCCUCUCCACCUGGCUAGACCCCUCCUACCACCACAAAACCUACGACACAAAUGUCUUUGGCGUGCUCAAUGGCAUCGCGGCCUUCCUACCCCUUCUCCAGAACAAAGAUACGCCUUCUGCUAUUGUGAUUACGGGAAGCAAACAGGGGAUUACCAAUCCACCUGGUGGAGGCAAUCCCGCAUACAAUGCCAGUAAAGCCACACUCAAACAUUUGGCUGAGCAUUUGUCGCAUGAUUUACGCAAUAACAGUCCUCAGAUCUCUACGCAUUUGCUUAUUCCUGGAUGGACGUAUACUGGGUUCUCUGGCAAUGUCGGUCCUAUCCCUGAUGAGAAGGCCAAGCAGAAGAAACCAGAGGGUGCGUGGUUGGGUAGCCAGGUUGCCGAAUAUGGUGUCAAGAAGAUGUGUGAAGGACAAUUUUACAUUGUCUGCCCUGAUGAUGAUGUUGAUGAGGCUUUGGACAAGGCGAGGAUGGCGUAUGCGGCUAAUGAUGUUGUGGAGGAGAGACCUGCGUUGUCGAGGUGGCAUGAGGAGUACAAGGACAGUGCCGCUGAGUGGAUCAAGAAUGAGGCAGAGAGGAGAAAGGCGUAG